GGCCUCCGGAGGCGAGGCGACUUAACGUCGGUGGAGGUGUACGGUGCACGUUUGCGAAGACGUGAAUUUCCUGGAAGGAAGAGGAAAGUGAAGGUUUUAACGUGGUUACGACGACGCGGUUCGGCCACGCAUGUUACGCAACGUACGUUACGUGACGCGACCGAUGUACUUAAUGCAUCGUCGGUCGUUUUAGCGUCAAAUUGUCGAAUAUCAUCGCGAGGGAGAGAUUUUUCGAGAACGUUCGAAUUCUCGCCCGGCCAAACGCAAUGACGAUACAUCGCCUCCACGAGAUACGCCGGAGAUUAGUACGGCUUGUUCUUGUUCUUGUGGACAUCGACGAUCGUCCCGUGUAUUAAUGGGAAUGAUAAUCAGCUGAAAAUACACGUGUAUUCCUUCAUACAUGUACGUUCGACGACAAUGUCCGAUUCUGGCCAACGUUAACGGGACGUCGCGACGUUAAGACGCUGCACGCGUUUCCUCGCAAACGUGCUGCGCAGAGAGUAGCGACUGGCGAGAGUGGCGAGUCAUCGAGACUCAUUAUUUCAGGUAACCUGUUCCAGCCCGUGAGUGAUUAACUCUUGGGACUCCGUCCGCGCCUUUCGGCGCAUGGGACGCGUGUCCGUGUGACACGUGACACGCGAGAGGACGCUUAGUUCUUUUUUUUGUCGCGACAUUUAAGAAAUCUCGCCUCUCAUCGCAUCGCGUAAAUCGCGUUGCGUCACUCGCGCCCACGGCGCCAUUUUCGAGAUUGUACGCAAUUGUACGAGAACGAGGCGGCGUGACUGUAGCCGCCGUGGCAGUGGCUGGACGUGACUCGAGUGAGUGCACCAAGUGCCGCUUCUCACUUCGCCCCUCAGCUCUCUACCUCCCCACUUCUGGAUUGUUCUAACCACGCGACAAUCCCGUCAAGAGUGUGUAUCGUUUACGGAUUAUACGGCCCGUAAUUUACGGGUGAAUCGUGUGUACAUAUAAAUGGCGGCUGACGAAAGAUGGUAUUUCACGAGAGAACAGCUUGCAAACACGCCGAGCAGAAGAUGCGGCAUCGAUGGGGACAAGGAGCUGAGCUAUCGGCAGCAAGCGGCCAACUUUAUUCAGGACAUGGGACAACGGCUUGUUGUAUCUCAAUUAUGUAUCAAUACAGCUAUAGUCUACAUGCACCGAUUUUAUGUGUUCCAUUCGCUGACGCACUUCCACAGGAAUGCUAUUGCAGUGGCAGCAAUCUUUUUAGCAGCAAAAGUAGAGGAGCAACCAAGGAAAUUAGAACAUGUCAUCAAAAUGGCACACAUGUGCCUCCACAGAGAUCAACCUCCACCUGACGUUAGGUCUGAGCAAUUUCUCGAACAGGCGCAAGACCUGGUAUUCAACGAAAAUGUCCUCUUACAAACAUUAGGAUUUGAUGUUGCUAUUGAUCAUCCCCAUACCCAUGUUGUUAGAUGUUGUCAAUUAGUGAAAGGUACAGCGAGUAAGGACUUGGCUCAGACUUCAUACUUUAUGGCAUCUAACAGCUUACAUUUAACUACAAUGUGUCUACAAUAUAAGCCGACAGUUGUUGCAUGUUUUUGCAUACACCUCGCGUGUAAAUGGUCCAAUUGGGAGAUACCACAAAGUACUGAAGGAAGACAAUGGUUUUGGUACGUAGAUAGAACUGUAACAGGAGAUUUACUUCAAGAACUCACAGACGAAUUUCUUCAUAUAUUUGAUAAGUGUCCAUCGAGAUUGAAAAGGAAAAUUAUGAUCAUUUCUGCGAAUCAAAGUCCAAGUAUUCAUCAUCCGAGUCUACCGAAUUCGCCAUUUGAUACCGAACCGCGUAGAAUACAAUCUCCAGCAACAUUAGAUGGUGCCGCUGCCGCCGUUGUUGCUCAUUUGAAUCGUUCUCAUCAUGCAGUGGAAGGUGCCGCAGCCGCUCAUUCGAGCCGCUCUCAUCAUGCAGCGGAAGGCACCGCGGGUGCUGCCGCUGCCACUGCUGCCCAUUCGAGUCGUUCUCAUCAUGCGGCAGAUGGUACCGUUUCUACCUCCACGACUGGUGUUACUGCCCAUUCGAGUCGUUCUCAUCAUAUGACGGACGGUGCCGUUGCUCAUUCAAGUCGUUCUCAUCAUGCGACAGACGCCGCAACUGCCUCUGUCACCGCUGCUCAUUCGAGUCGCUCUCAUCAUACCAUGGACACCGCCGCUACUGCUACUGUUGCUCAUUCGAGUCGUUCUCAUCAUGCGCAACAGGAGAAGCAAGAUGAAAAGAAAACUGGAGCUAUUGCAGGACCAUCAAGAGUAACCGCAAUAGAUUAUCGAGAAUAUCGUGAAAAGAAAGAACGAGAGCGUUUAGAACGGGAGAAGGCAGCUGCUGCUAUUGGGUGCCAUAUCACCGAUCCUAACAAGACCUACCAUUCGCAUCAUCAUAAACCAGUAUCGAAUGCAAGUAUACCGAACAAGCACCAAAUGCCAGUGCAGAAGGGCACUGGCCUUCAUCAUAAUCAUCAUCAUCGACCGGAUAUGAAAGUCGGUCAACCAGUGCAGAGACACUCUACUGGUAAUCAACCUAAUCGCGAUCCCAACAGACAACGAUUGUCAAGAGAACAUAGUGCUGGUGUGGCCAGCACAAGCGGUAUAACACACUCGCAUUCUCAUGCCAAUUUAGAUAGUUCCUCGUCUGAAUCCGUGCCUCAUAGGUCGGACAGUGGUGCCGUACAGGAUUCUGCAUCCUCGCAUAGUAGUUUACAGGAAAAGAUGAGUAAUAAUCACAGCGGACAUAGACUGAAUGCACUCGAUAGCAAGCAUCAGACGCACGAUAAGAGAUUGUAUCGAGGAGAGGAUCCAAGACUUAAAUCUGCCAAAUAUGCAGAUAUGAAUAGAAUGGAGAAUCAACGACGAAAAGCAGAGACGUUGGAACAGAGAUGUGAAGAGGUGCGGAAGCUAAUCGAAAAACCAUUACCACCGCCAAAGCAGGCGGACAUCCCAUAUCUGAUGAACGCGCAGCAGAAACAGCCGCAUCAUGCCAAGUAUAAUCAGCAGCAACAGGACAAAGGCAGCUCAUUCACAGGUGAAAUGAAGCAUGCGACAACUACUAGCCAGAAUGUUCUACCGCAGGGCACAUCACCAAGCACAUCGUCAUCACAGAAACCCGCAUCCAUUAAGACACAGAUGUACAGUCAGCAUAGUGCACUGGGUGUAUCUCAGAUUCUGAAAGAUACUAUUAAAAAUGGUAAUUCCCAGUCUUGCCUAAGCACAUUGAACAAUGUGGAUGAUAUGAAGUCGGAGAAGCGAUCACGAUCAAAUGUCCACGAGGAAUUCGUUGAAAGAAAUUCCGUCGAUGUUCAACAGAGCAAUCUGCACACACCACCUGGCAAGCAUAGAUCACUAUUCAGCCCAGAGCCUCCUAGUGUGACCAGAGAAUCGCACGCGCAAAGCGCAAGGCCUAAAUCGAAACAGAAGACGCCACCCUCUGCAGCUACAAAGAUGAAGGAACGCGUGUCACCGUUCGCGAGUUCCCCGAGUUUGCAAGACUCGUCAAUGAUAAAACGACCAUCUUCCAACGACGGUACGGUAUCCGUACAUAAGAGGACCCGUGCAUCGAGUAUCAGUGAGAACGAAAAGGUAGUAACAAAACCAGAAAACAAGACGGAAGAUACAACCAGUUUGGAGGCAAUGAAGAUGCUCGGUCGCGUACCUGAUCUAAUCCAACCGAUACGUGACAAUCCGUCGUCAAACGGAAGGAACAGUAGCGCAUCAUCCUUCAUUAACGAUAUGAAACCGCCGGAACUCAUCAAACCGUUCGAGUCGGAUCAGCCUCGUUUCAACACGAUGUCGCAGCAUAAAGUCUCGUUCAACGUCAAUACACUAACUAAUGGUAUGGACCUCAACGUAGUAAACAAAGAGCCUCCGGAUCAUCGCGGGAAAAAGGAAUUUCCAGAGCAUUAUAUGAAGAAUGAAUCAUCAGGACAUAAGGCUUUGGAACCAACGCAUUCCCAAACGCACUCGCAGACGAAACUCGAGUAUACGUCGCCGAUCAAAUCUGCGCAGAGUAUAAGCGCAUUGCUCCAGGAGACACUAGCACCGAUGCCUUCACUAUUGCAGGGACUGCAACAACCUAGCCAAUUACCUAUUCAAAAGGUGCAUCAAGAACAAUUGCAGCACCAACAACAGCAGCAUCGGCUACAGUCUAUUCAACAUUCGUUGAUGGAUCAGUUACCAGUGACGACCCAGUGUUUGUCGAUAGCGAGCGAUAAUUUCUCGCCGAUAGCUUCGACCGUAGAUAUCAGUGUUCUCUCCGAUAAUGUAUCGAUGACGCUGCCAAAUAAUAGUAAUAUGGUAGAAUUGGCAGUGCCAGCAGCUUCCACAGUAACGAUUGUUCCGCCAGUCGAAGAGAAACGGUCGGAGCAUCAUAAGAGUGAAAAGAAGAAAAAGAAAGAAAAACACAAGCGCAAGGACAAAAGUAAGGAUAAUAAGCAUAAUAAGCAUAAACACAAGGGAAAGGGUAAAGAGAAACAUCGUGAGAAAAAAGACAAGGAAAAAAGCGAGGAGACGCCAGCGGCGGCGCCCAUCAAAAUUACGAUUCCUAAAGACAAACUGAAUCUUGGCAUGGAAGCAUCGCCGACCGUGGUCGGCGGAAGUCUCGGUACAUCGGACAAAACUAUAUCGCCACAGAGCACGGUCCUGAAAAUCAAGAUCCCCAAGGAACGACUCAAGGGCACCGAUAGUGUACCGAGUUCAUCUCCUGCGCAGCCACCGAUGAUGCAAGGUCCACUAAAGAUCAAGAUACGUACUGAUCUCGGCAUCUCGAGGAGUUCCGCGCAGCCGCCGUCGACGUCAUCAUCGUCGAACGGCUCGAGCGGAUCCUCGUAUCUGCAGCUCUCUGAAUCAUCCGCGAACGAAACUACGAGUCGGAAGCGCGAGCGAGUCGAGAUGAUCGGCGACAGCUCGGGCAGCAGUGGCCUUCCGCCCACGAAGAAGCAAGCGGUGAUGAUACCUGCAACGGGUUAUGGCCAGGGCCACCGACCCGGAGAACGGCAGAAUGGCAGACACUAUAACUCCGGCAGCAAUAAUAAGGUACGUGGAAGAGGCGUUCGUCAGCAUCACGGCGGUCGCGGACCACUACAUCAUGCAGUUGCCGGUCAGCGCGGUAACGCUGGUGGUCACUACCAGCGGGAGAUUUAUGGUAAUGGCCGCGGUAGCCACGGUAAUCGCGGUCAUCAACAUCAUCAAGCCCCUUAUAAUUCCCAUCAUCCCCCGGCCAUUCGCGGCGACGUCGGCGGAUACGCGAGAGGGACUGGUCAAACUGACCAGGGCAUAGAUUCUUAUUUUUAUACUAAUUAUCCUACAUCAAUAUUUAAUACACCCACCGGAUACGUGUACGAUCCCGCCUAUCAGCAGUACUAUCAACAAUUUCACCAACAAUCCCAAUACUCGAUGUAUCCGACAGGAAAUAAUCUAAUAAUGACGCCGGACGGUACCAUCAAUACGUCGGUGCCACCGCCGUCAUUACUCUCAAAUCAAUUUUAUCAGAACCAAAAUAUCGUACAAUCGGCUGCGUCCACCCGGCAGGAAGAUACACAAUUGUUACCUCCACCGCCUCUUCAACCACCACCGUCGCCUCCUCCCCUGCCGAGUGGACCGCCACCUCCGCCACCUCCACCACCACCUCCUCCGUCAAUGUCGGAGUGAUGAGACAUUUCAAUUUACAUGUACAUAU